AUGAGUGCUGAAUUAACUAGAUGUAAAAGCUCGUUUUCUAGAGUGAGUUCAGAACAACUAGAUUUAUUGCUAUCGUUUAUGGAAGAGCACCCUGCCUUUGCUGCCGGCAAACAAUCAAUUUACUCUCGGUUCAGCUCCAGCAAGUUGUGGCGUCUUCUGGCAGAACGUUUGAACGCGGCAGCCGUUGACAGCGGUGGAGCACGCAAGUCGCCCGACAAGUGGUGCCGGUACUGGGCUGACAUAAAAUACAAAGCCCGUAAGAAGUCAGCUGCAGGCGGGGCACUGGGAGAUCUCUCCAGUGCAGAGGAACGCUUACAGAAUAUAUUCAACAGCAGUGGUCGCGAAUCGGCGGGCGGCACGCGGCGCGCCAGCCAGUCGGACGACGAGCGCAAGCCCGCGCUGGACGACGACGCCAGCGACUGCUCCGCGCCCGCCGCGCGCCUCGCCACCGAGGAGCUGCUGGCCGAGGCCGCCAUGCGCAGCGCGCUGGCCGCGGAGAAGCAGGCGGAGGCCGUGGCGCAGGCCGUGGACCUGCUGCGCGACCUGCUCGCCCUGCUGCGCGAGCGCGCCCUGCCGCCGCCGCUGCUAUAG